UUUUAUCACGUGACCCGAGAGAUGUUCGACAGCAGCCAUCAUUUCACCUUAUUCAUGUCCACAUCGAAAUUUUAUUGACUAAUACGACAGCGAAACAGAAAACUACGAUGGAGUAGGUGAAUGAGCUUCGCUGUGACUCAUCCACGCUGCCUUUUUUCUGCCGAACAACUUAAAAAAGGUACGCUUGAAACCCCUGAUCUGGUCUUGUUUUACCUGCAGCUGUUUCAGCAACACAAACUUUGGAGUCGAGGAGAGGGUGUGAGGCUGCUUGCUCCCCCCAUUAGUCUUUGAGGAGGGGGGAGAGGAAGAACAGGGAGCUGUUGUAACCACCCAGAGCAUGGGGCAGAAAGUCCCAGGUGGAAUAAAGACUAUUGACAUGCGGGAUCCAGCAUUCAAUCCUCUGAAGCUGGAACUUCAGGCCUUGAAUCAGACCAAGCCAUCUCGACUGGAUCUACUGCUAGACAUGCCGCCUGUCAGCCUUGAUGUCCAGGUCCAGCACUCAUGGAACAAUGACGACCGCUCCCUUAACAUCUUUGUCAAGGAUGAUAACAAGCUGGUGUUUCACAGGCAUCCUGUGGCGCAGAGUACAGAUGCCAUCCGGGGCCGUGUUGGCUAUACACGGGGACUUCACGUGUGGGAAAUCAGCUGGGCCAUGCGCCAGAGGGGCACACAUGCUGUAGUUGGUGUGGCUACAAUCGACGCACCGCUACAUUCUGUUGGGUACACAGCCUUGGUAGGGAGCAACUCUGACUCCUGGGGUUGGGAUUUGUGCAGGAGUAAACUCUACCAUGAUGGAAAGAACCUCCCAGGAAAAACUUACCCAGCCUUCCUUGAGCCUGAUGAUACCUUCAUUAUCCCAGACUCAUUUUUGGUAGUCUUGGACAUGGAUGAGGGCACUCUGGGUUAUAUAGUGGAUGGACAUUAUCUUGGGGUGGCCUUCAGAGGACUGAAGGGUAGGAAACUGCAUCCAGUGGUCAGUGCUGUGUGGGGACACUGUGAAAUACGAAUGCGGUACAUAAAUGGACUUGAUCCUGAGCCCCUCUCUCUGAUGGACCUGUCUCGGCGCUCGGUGAGGGUGGCAUUAGGAAGAGAGCGUCUGAGUGAAAUCCACAGAUUGCCCCUUCCCGCCGCGCUCAAGAACUACCUGCUCUACCAAUGACCGCAUUGGCAGUCGUGACAUUCAACACACCUUGUUGUCUUUCUCCUAUUUCUCUGGGAUCCUGCUUCAGUUGAACCUGUUUAACAACAUUGCUUAAGCCUUGUGGACUGAUUCAGCCUCACAAAGGACGUUUCCACAAGUGUGCUUUUUGUGAUAGUGGCUGGACUCUUACAGGUACUUAUCCUGUUUUUAUGAUUUUGUUGCAGCUGUACUUUAUAACAAUAAAAUCAGGAAUCACUGAGCACUAUGCACGAACUGAUCCAGAUGUCACCCUUACAGCUGCUGUUUUGCUGCACCUCCUCCAGGUUCUGAGGUCAGAUUACAUAUAAACAUCCAUCUCGUAGCAUUUAGAGUUGAAUGUUGUUGUUCUCUCUCUCCCUCUAUCUUUUCUCUCUCUUAGUGUUUGUCCUAAACUGAACUUGAACUUUUAAUGUUGAGGCACAGUAAUGCAGUACUACUGUCUGUCCACAAGGUAGCAGCACAUCCAUAUACCAUUCUGGACAUCAGUCGUGCUCCUCAGGGCACGACACAUUUUCCAUCUUUCUGCUCUGCUCACAGUUAACUAGCUUAACUGGGAGUUUUAGGCAGGAGUUGAAGGCACACGAUUAAACAUUUCACCUCUGCAGACAGCGAUGUGUCGUAGCAGCCUGCAGGAGUCCAAAUCACUGGUGUACCAUCUCAAAUUAAGACGCAAUCUCUAUGUUUUAAGAUUAUAUUUUUAAAGUGUAGGGGCUUUUUUUUAUGUUGACAACUCCAUUCUGUUUCGAUGUGGAAGAACAGACUAAAUACACAGCCAGGUUUGCUGCAGCGUGGAAGUGCCCAACUGUUUACCAUCAGGGCAUCAUAAAAAAUAGCAAGACUUUUAACUAAGUUAGUUGGUGUGAUUUUUUUUUUUUUUUUUUUUUUAAGUAGCAUGUAAGCUGCAACUUUUUUCUUUAUAGUCACUGUCUUAACAUUUUAUUGUCACUACUGUUAUUUGUAAUGCUGUUGAAACUCAAUUAUUGGUUUUCUUCUCAGCUAAUGUCCUUCAAUGUGACUUCACAUGUUAACCCAGAGAAUGGAAACCAACAAAUGUUUGAUCAGAAUAAAAAUCUGACUUAUUUGGGUCUCGAUGGCACAUAGGUAAAAACCACAGUGUUAUGACUGACAGGAGGAGGAAAAUGUUUGAGGCUUCACAUUAUGUAAUUAAAUGUAGUUCCUUCAAAUGUUACCUCACUCCAGAUCUUUAAGCAUCACAAUGAUAUAUUCCACAAACUCAAGUGCAACACAAAUAUCAGGUGAGAUUGCAAACAUACUGUCAAAAUGCCAUGUCACUGACUUGUCAACUUUGGGAUUUACUUUUUUUUUUUUUUAAUGCCCUUAUUCAGCAAAUGCUGAAUGUGGAGAGUACCAGACUUUGCCUGCAGCAUCUGUUUUAAUGGUAUUCCUUGUAGAUUUUUUGGACGCAUCUAUUAAAGGUUAUUUCAC